AAACUCUCUUGUAGCCUCCAAUGCCAACUUUUAUAGCUACCCAACUGAUUCACUUCAAAUGGGUUCACACCCCUUUUAGAGGGUUAUAAACAUAGAUCUUGAACAUUACUUUCAAGUUUCAAGAUGGGUUCUUUGGUUUUGCAGAUGGGUUUGUGUAUUUGGGUGGGGGUUUUUUGUUUCAGCUUCAUUUCUGUGAAUUUUCAUGCUGUAGGAGAGAAAAUAACUGUUCAAGGGACUGUUUUAGUUGAUGGGAAGAGUGCCAUUGGGAGGAUAGAUAGUCAUUUCAUCUGUGCCACCUUGGAUUGGUGGCCACCUGAGAAGUGUGACUAUGGGACUUGUAGCUGGGACCAUGCUUCUCUUCUCAAUCUGGAUAUUAGCAAUAACAUUUUUUUGAAUGCCAUUAAAGCUUUUUCACCAUUGAAAAUAAGAUUGGGUGGCACUUUGCAAGAUAAGGUCAUCUAUCAAACUGAAGAUCAUCAGCAACCCUGCAAGUCAUUUGUAUAUAACGCCUCAGAAAUGUUUAGUUUCACUCAGGGGUGCCUACCCUUGUCCAGAUGGGAUGAACUAAACGCCUUCUUCAAUAAAUCUGGGGCUGCCAUUAUUUUUGGAUUAAAUGCUCUCAACGGAAGAUCUAUAAAGUCUGAUGGUUCUGCUGUUGGAGCUUGGGACUCCAAAAAUGCUGAAUCUCUCAUUCGUUAUACUGUCAAAAAGGGAUUCACGAUCCAUGGUUGGGAGCUCGGAAACGAAUUGAGUGGAAGUGGAGUUGGAGCGAGGGUUGCAGCCAAUCAAUAUGCUUCCGACACAAUCACUCUCCAUAACAUGGUCCAAGAUAUUUACAAGGGUGUUGAAGCGAAGCCAUUAAUCAUUGCACCAGGAGGAUUCUUCGAUGCAAACUGGUUCAAAGAAUACCUUACCAAAACAACCAAUUCACUCGAUGUGGCCACCCACCACAUAUAUAAUCUUGGUCCAGGUGUUGAUAAGCACCUUAUCGAAAAGAUCCUUGAUCCAUCUUAUCUUGAUGACGAGGCUGCUACAUUUAGCAAACUCCAGAGCGCCAUCAAGAGCUCUGCAAAUCCAGCAACUGCAUGGGUUGGCGAGGCAGGAGGGGCAUACAACAGUGGCCGAGAUGGUGUAACCAAUGCCUUUGUGUUUAGUUUCUGGUUUUUGGAUCAGCUUGGAAUGUCGUCCACUUAUGAUACCAAGACCUAUUGCAGACAGACAUUGAUUGGUGGAAACUAUGGUUUACUCAACACUACAACCUUUGUACCAAAUCCAGAUUACUACAGUGCUCUUCUUUGGCAUCAAUUAAUGGGAAGGAAUGUUCUCUCAACAAGCUUUUCUGCGACAAAAAAAAUACGGGCUUAUUCUCACUGUGCAAAACAAUCUCAAGGACUCACAGUUCUACUGAUCAACUUAGAUGGUAACACCACUGUUCAGGCCACAGUUACAUCUAAUAGCACUUGGAUACGGAGACACAGACACAGAUCUCAUGGCCAUCGAAAAAAGGUUAUCCGGUUGCCUAGAGAAAGUAAAAUAAGCGCAACAACAAGAGAGGAAUACCAUCUGACAGCAAUGGAUGGGGAUUUACACAGCCAAACUAUGCUGCUAAAUGGGAACAUACUAGCUUUAAAUUCUUCAGGGGACAUACCUCCGUUGGACCCUAUAUAUGUAAACUCAUCGGAGCCUAUUACAGUUGCUCCUUUCUCUAUUGUGUUUGUUCACCUGCCAAAUGUUGUUCUCCCUGCUUGCAAGUAG